AUGUCAAGCUCAGCUAUGGGACAUUUCGAGAGUGAAAUCGGCAAGGAUUUACUCCACCUGGCUUGUAGGCACCAUGUAUACGAGCUCGUCCUUGAGGGAGCCUUCGAGCAAGCUCUAAGUCACGCAAACAGUCCAGACAUCCAUCCUUUGUUCCUUAAGUUUUUAAACUUUUGGAAGCAAAUUGACCAAGGAAAGUUUAUUACAUUAGGCAGAGCAGCACUGCGGCGAUUUCCGGGGAAUCCCGACGAAGUUAUUGAAUUUUGUACUAAUCAAUUAAAGGUGAUUCAGCCGCGCGAUGAUUACAAGGAGUUUCUGCAACUUACCAUCAUCUUUCUCGGAGGGAUUCCACCUGGAGGAAUCUCAUUUCGGAAGCCUGGCGCCCUCAACAAGACUCGGUGGAUGGCGCGAGCCGUCUAUGCACUCAAGAUGUACAUGUUCCAAAAGCAGUACCCUUUCACGCGUGCUGAGAAGAAAGGACUCGAGGACAUCUGCAUUUUUGUUUCAGCUGCUUAUGUGAAAUUUUGGUUUGAGUGCCCUAGUGCAACCAUGGCUCCACUGAAUGACCUUGAAUUUUUGAAGCUGCUGAAACGCUACGAGUCCUUUACUGGCGCGUGGAGUGCCGCACUAACAAAACUGAUGAGUCAUCUGCGGUACCUGAGCGCCGAUCUUGCUCCUCUUGCAUUGUAUGAUAAUCGAGUGCCAACUAGUGUAAAGAAGGAUAUGAUUAAGAAUAAUGUCAAAGGAUGGGGAUGAGGACC